CAAACUCACAACCCCAAGAUCAAGAGUCUCAUCUCUACUGACUGAGGCAGACAGGCAUCCCCAAAUAAUACUUUUUAAAAAUUGCAUCUUUAUUUAAUUACAUUCUAGUCAUGAGAAUAUACUGUAGUCACUCUGUUUGAACAUCUUUUUCUGAUUUAAUUUGAGAGAUAUCCUGUCCCCUAAACUAUAAGUACAAAUGUCUCUUAGAAUGGGUGACUUCUGAAAAUAGCUGAUUUCAUCCCAUGUGUGUGUUACUAGUUUCACAGAGUAUCUGUAUCUCUUCUUUUUUUUUUUUUUAAGAUUUUAUUUUAUUUAUUUGUCAGAGAGAGAGAGAGAGAACGCACAAGCAGGGCGAGCAGCAGGCAGAGGGAGAAGCAGGCUCCCCGGUGAGCAAGGACUGGAUCCCAGGACCCCGGGAUCAUGACCCGAGCCUAAGGCAGAUGCUCAACCAACUGAGCCACCCAGGCAUCCCGAGUAUCUGUAUCUCUUAAGUUCUAGGAACACAUUACUAUUGCUUCCUGUGCAGAGAUUCUGAUGUCAACCAUGACAAUGAAAUAACGAAUUCUUACAAUAGGCUCUUUUGUUGUUCAUUGGUGUUGACCCAAAGACUUUACUAGCUUUUUGGGUUUUUUAAUCUCAGGACACAUUUCACAAACUCUGUACUUUGUCGGGUGGAACCAGGUAGAGUUGAGCAUGUCCCCAAAGCAACAGUGAUGAGGGAGAAAUCAGAAAGCGGAAUAAUUUGCCAUGCUUCUGAUGAAUUUUCUAUUCCUUGUGCUUUUACCCCCACAUGACCCUAAAUUAUGCCCCUAGAUUAACCUACAAAAGUAUACUACUAUUAGACAUGAAUAGUAGUGAAUAAUAAUGGUUAUGCAUAACCAUUAAUUAUGAGACCACCAAGAUGCUAAAAUUAUUGGUUUGAUCAAAGUUAUUGGUGUUACACUAACCUAUUGCCAGUGAGGGAGAACAAGGCAAGAGUCACAGUCUAUUCCUCUUCUUCUGAAAAAAAGCAGCACAAACACCAAGGAGUUGCCAGGUAUUACUGUCGACACUUUGCAGAGUUGGACAGACAGUAUAAGACAAACCAGAGAAGGCUUGUGCUUCCAACUGAUGAAGUCAAUCUAAAAAUUGUUACAGAAUUUUUUUCAAGAACAAUACAUAUAGCUUUUGGCUUUCGACUCGGAGGAAGCAAAGGUGCAACUGUCUUCGGUCGUCCCGAAUCCGGGUUCAUCCGACACCAGCCACCUCGGCCAUGCCGCCUAAGUUCGACCCCAGCGAGAUCAAAGUCGUGUACCUGAGGUGCACCACUGGCGAAGUCGGUGCCACGUCUGCCCUGGCCCCGAAGAUCGGCCCGCUGGGUCUGUCUCCAAAAAAGGUUGGUGAUGACAUCGCCACGGCAACCGGUGAUUGGAAGGGUCUCAGGAUUACGGUGAAACUGACCAUUCAGAACAGACAGGCCGAGAUUGAAGUGGUACCUUCUGCCUCUGCCCUGAUUAUCAAAGCCCUCAAGGAACGACCAAGAGACAGAAAGAAGCAGAAAAACAUUAAGCACAGCGGAAAUAUUACUUUUGAUGAUAUUGUCAAUAUUGCCCGACAGAUGCGACACCGAUCUUUAGCCAGAGAACUCUCUCGAACCAUUAAAGAGAUCCUGGGGACUACCCAGUCAGCGACUGUAAUGUUGAUAGCCUGGCGACUGUAAUGUUGAUGGUCACCACCCUCAUACAUCAUAGAUGACAUCAACCGUGGCGUAGUGGAAUGCCCAGCUAGUUAACUACAGAGGAAAAUAUUUCAAUAAAGGAUCAUUUGACAACCAAAAAAAAAAAACAUAUAUCCAUACACAAGAAAGAAAAAGGGACUGAGGAAAGUGCUUUGAUUUGCUUUUAUAGCAGUAGGACUGGUUUGGGUGGCUCUAUCCACCCUGCCUUCCAGAAGAUAAGGGUAUGUUCUAUGGCUAUAAUAUGAGCCUUUCUUUAUGUAAAAUUUAAUGACACCCUGGCCUCAUUAUUUCCAGGCACUUCCAAUUCUUAUAUCUGGAAAAUUAAAAGUGUCUUUAAUGAAUGAUAUG